CGAUUUUGCCGCGUUUGUUUGUGUAUGCCUUUUAUCAGUAUCUGCAGUGAAUCCGAACCGGCAAUACGUACACCUCGCAUCGAAAUGCAAAAGAUUAUCGAGUUGGUUCGGAAGCACCCCAUCUUAUAUGAUCUUUCUCAUGAAGAUUACAAAAAUAUUCGCAAAAAAGAUAAGAUUUGGGAUGAAAUAGGAAAAGAAAUUUGUGAAGAUGGAGAAGCAGUUAAGAAAAAGUGGCGGAAUCUAAGAGAUAGCUAUGCAAAAUAUAUCAGAGGCCACAAGAUAACAACAGGUCAAGCGACCAAUUUAAAAAAAAAAUGGAUUUGGGCGGAUCAAAUGGAAGGAUUCAGACCAUUUUUGAGCUUCACAAAAACUAGUUCAAAUGUGAGCGAAAUCCUCUCAGAAGAAUCUAACACAGGAAUUCUGGAAAUAGCUGAACCUGAUAAUGUGAGGCAGCAUUCUAUUGAACAGAAAUAUAAAAUAUUCGAAUCAAGCUCAAGUUCCACACCAUCAAUAUCUCAAACUAACCCUAAAGUUGCUCCUACGAAUGAUACUUCAUCCUGUAAAAAAGGAAUAAAAAAACGGAAGUUCGAGCCAUCCACUUCUGUACAGGAAAUGAUCGCUUAUUUUGAGGGAAAAAGAAAGAAAGAGCAUGAUGCAAUUGAUGCAGUUUUUUUAGGUCACGCAUCAACGGUUAGAACUUUUUCACCUAAGAGGCAAAUUGAAGUUAAGAUGAGGAUUGCACAGGUGAUCAUGGAAUUUGAGUUUCUAAACUUGGAAGAAAGUGCAUCGAAAAUAUCUGAUCCAACUAUUGAGAAUAUGAAAGUGGAAGUAGAAGAUAUUGAGCUACAGGAACCGCACACAGAGUUUGUACAAGCAUUAUCUGAUUCAUCGUUAAAGGUGGAAGAUGUUGAAACUAGGAGUUCAGACUUUCUACAGAAUGAUAAUUCGAGUGAAUGUGAACUAUUCGGCAAAUAUGUUGCUGAGGAACUCCGUGUUUUACCUUAUUUAGAACGUUUAGAUUUGCAGCAAAAAAUUACGGAGUGUUUUAAAAAAGUGAUAUAAAGAAAUUGUUGUCUGUUUUUUAUUGUUCUAUUACCGAAAUAAAUUAUUUUUUAAUA